CACUCUCGCGCCGGGGGCGUGGCGGAAGCCGGAAGUGCAGCUGGCGCAGGAGUCCAGCAUGGAAGAAUUUAAAGAUGCAAGCCCACCUGAGGAGUCACUGAAUCACCUGAAGCUGUCAGAUCAGAAGGCUCCAGAGCCUGGCCCCGGAGAUGCCCAGCAGCCGCAGAGCCAGGAUCCCACAGAUGAGUGUUUCCAUGACUGCCACGACUCCUUUGAGGCCAAAGGAGCUGAGCUGGAUGCUGAAGGGAGCGUUCAGGAUGAUGGGAGUAGCUGCAGGAAGCAGACAGAGCUAGAUGAAGAAUACUUGCUAGAACUAGAGAAAGAUAUGCCAGAGGAGGAGAAACAGAAGAGAAGAAAGGAGAGCACGGGGCUGAAGGAGAAAGGAAAUGAGCACUUCAAGAAAGGAGACUAUGGAGAGGCAGAAGACUCCUACACCAAGGCUCUGCAGAUCUGCCCAGCCUGCUUCCAGAAGGACAGGGCUGUUCUGUUCUCAAACAGAGCUGCUGCCAAGAUGAAACAGGACAAGACAGAGGCUGCCCUGAGUGACUGCACCAAAGCUGUGGAAUUAGACCCUCAUUAUAUCAGAGCUUUGCUGAGGAGAGCAGAACUCUACGAAAAAACAGAAAAAUUAGAUGAAGCUCUGGAAGAUUAUAAGGCAGUCCUAGAAAAAGACCCCUCAGUUCAUCAAGCCAGAGAAGCUUGCAUGAGAUUACCACAUCAAAUUGAGGAGAGGAAUGAAAAAUUAAAGAAAGAAAUGUUGGGUAAACUGAAGGAUUUGGGCAAUUUGGUGCUGCGCCCCUUUGGCCUGUCAACAGAGAACUUCCAGGUCAAACAGGAUUCGUCCACUGGCUCCUACUCCAUCAACUUUGUUCAAAACCCCAACAACAACAGAUAACAUGGAUUCAGUGUGGCUCUGCACAUCCCAUGCCAGGAUCCAGCAAACCAACACCCUCCACCCCCAGGGCAAGAGGAGACUCAGCAACCUCAUUUCCCAGCUUGUGAAAUUAUUUGCCAUGUGGAUGUAAAGCAACUCAUUCACCUUCUCAUAGUGAUAACUGUGUCCAGUGUGUGGUUUAUUCUUUUUUUUAAUUUAUUUUUUCCCCUUCCCUUGCGGUGUUUGGCUUUUCCAAGAGGCAGUUCCUUGGUUUGGCCCACUCAGAGCUGGCAGCAGCAGCUCAGGGGAAUCCAAAGGCUGGAAGAAAGGCUGGUGGUGUCCUGGGGAUGGGGAGAUCCAGCAGCAGCACUGCCCCACCCUCAGCUGGGUGGGACUGGCGCCCCUGGACACAGCUCUGCCCUGGAACUUCUAAUAAAGGCUUGGUACUUCUGCUUU